AUAAGGCCUUUAGUGCUUUUGGGUCUGCUCCUCACCCCCGGCCCCUGUGCAUGGUGCUACUCUCUGUGCUGCUAAACUCAAAGGUGGGCAGGUUUUAGUGUGGGCUGGUGUGUGUAUGCAGGUUUUUUCCACCAGUUACUCUGGCUAAAUGAGCCAAUUGGCUAUAUACAACUACACUGGUUCACUGGCAGAUUAGAUCACAGAAAAGCAUUUCAUAUAGCACACAAGAACAGUCUUUGGCUGUCAUUCAUACGCUUAUCAGGAAUGUAGCUAAAAUGUCAGAUAACAUAAAUGUUAGGGCUAACGUAUCUAAUCAACAGUAAAAGUAUUUACAGAACCUUCAGAUUUCAGUUUUCAGUGAGUCAGAGGCUUGUUUUGGCCGGAUGUUCCACAGAUAUUUCCACACACACAGAUCCACCCUGGCAGGAUGGUACUCUGGCUCUGCUCUGAAACAGCUCGUCUGUAAACUGCCCGAGUUUUCCUGCUCACUUCUUUUUAUUUUUUGGAAGUCGUCCAGGGUCUGGUGUUUUGGCUGGGAUUCGGGAGCUGAAUGGGGUGUUUUGGCUGGGAUUCGGGAGCUGAAUGGGGUGUUUUGCAGGGGAGCCCAGUGAGGAGAAGGUCCGUCUCUACAGGCAGGUGGCGCUCAUUCACCUGCUGGUGACAGUGAGGGAGCUGCUGCUCCAGUGUGACCUCAGUACUGCCAUUGACUACCUGGCCAGAGCCAGAGAGGCGGGCCCUGAGGCCUGUUUGGGCAGGCUGUGGGUGGACCUGCGUGUGGUACAGUACCUCAGUCAGAGGAGCCAGGAGCCCCUCCCCAAAAUCACAGCGCUCCAGGAGCAUCUGAAGGCCUGGAUGCAGGAGAACAGGACUCAGAGGCCCUGCCCGAAAGCACUUGUGAUAACUACACUCGACUGUGACCGUGUAAGAGCUCUGCUGGUUCAAAGCCUCAGCCAGAUCGCAGGAGCCCGCUCUUUGGCUGUGUGUCCUGCAGAGGGCAGCAGUAAGCUGGACACCCAGAGGCUGAGGGAGAGUGUGCAGCGGUGUCGCUGCCUGGUCGUCUGCGGACAGCACAUUGGACCGGACUUCCCCUGGCACUGCUUCUCUCUGGCUGUGGAGUUUGAGUGGGUCGGCGCCCCCUUCUGGGCCCCCGUGUGCAGAGAGAGGAGCGUCAGUCACGUGAUCCUCAGGACCACAGUGCCCUGCUGCGAGGCAGACCCUGCAGACCCCUCUCUGGAUCAGGACCCCCCCUCCUCCCUGCCCUUCAUCCUGCCCUUCACCCUGCUUGUGACCGACAGCCUGCUGCACUCUCCCCUGCUGCUGCAGACGCUGGAGUCCACAUAUAACAUGACUGUGCUGGAGAGGGAUUUUCCGCACUCUCUGAAGAUGCUCGGCGGGACGUCCCGUUACUGUGUGAUCACAGUGGACGAGAGCACAGCGGUGCUAAUCCAGGAGCUGGAGGAGCUGGAGACAGAGCAGGCCUCAGAGAGCUUUGUGCUGAGAAUGACAGCCCUGUCCCUGCAGUACAGCUGCUGCUGGGUCCUGUUCUACUGCCCCGGGGGGCAGGGCUCGGGGUAUAGCUUCAGCAGCGAGGUCUUCAGCAACCUUGUGCUGAUCUCCUCGUCCUUUGUUCUGUUUGGAUUGAAGUCCGAGGACCUUGACGUCAAGGUGCUGAUAGUGGCCGAGGCCUCACACCUGGCCAGGUGCAUCCAGCGGAUUUCUCACCAAACUCUGCUGUCCUCUGGGAGAGACCCCCUCGCCUGGCUGGACAGGGACUGGCUGUCUGUGCUGCCCUCAGAGGAGGAGCAGCGCCUGACGCUCUUCCCCUCCGUCUCCCCCCUGGUGGCGCAGCUGAUGCUGAGGAGGGCCCCCGGCCUGCAGUGGCUUCUGGGGGCCACACUGUCUGAGCUGCAGGAGCUGCUGCCGGAGGUCCCUCAUAAGGUCCUAAAGCUCUUCAGUGACAUCACUGCCCUGUACCAGCUGAACGUGUCCCACUCCCCUCCCGAAUCCCCCGCCACGGCCGCCCAAAACGCUCCCAGCAGCCCCUGGGGCGUCGGCGUUAGGGACCCACGCGACGACCCGGAACUGUUUGGGGCUGACCUCAUCGGCCCCUUCGCCGGCCCAGAGGACCUGGCGGCGUGUGGCUUGGACGAGGAUGUCUUGGACUUGACGGGAGAAGCGGCGGAUUUCUCCGGAAGCGCGCUUCUGAGAGACGGCGUGUGUCGGCAGUGGGGGGGAGGGGGGCGCUUCAUGGCGCUCCCACAGGCGCCCGCCUGGUCCGUCAGAGAUGCCCAAAGCCCCCCUACGGGAAACACCCUCCAGGGCAGGCCCGCUCCCAGAAACGCCAGCGCCCCCUGGCAGUCAGGGGGUGCAAGUGGCCAGACGCCAACUUUCUCUGGGGGGUUCACUGCCCAGCAGACUCACUACACCCCUGCCACCUACCUAGCCCCGCCCACUUCUGCAGGGAGCCAAUGGAAUGGCAAGGCCAGCCCCUGUGGCCGUGCUAGCAGACCCAACGUAGGGGCUCCAUGUGGGUACAGAGGAGAGCCCAGCGCUCAGUCAGGAGCGGAGGGGUGUGUUUGGGGCAGGACAGGCGCUCAGUCAGGAGCGGAGGGGUGUGUGUGGGGCAGGACAGGCGCUCAGUCAGGAGCGGAGGGGCGUGUUUGGGGCAGGACGGGACAGAAGAGAGGUGCAUAUGGUCAUGAACAGGACGAAUGGAGAGCAGAUUUUCCGCAGCUGAAGAAGGGAAAGCUGACCUAUGAAAAGGUUCCAGGCCGAAGAGAUGGACAGACCAGACUGACGUUUUUCUAGCCUUGAUUUUCCUUUCGCUACUCAGUUAAGGUCUUUAUUCUAAGUGUUAGAUUUUUAACAGAAUAUUUUAUUCAGAAAUAUUGAAGGCAUUACUGUUAUACUGCUGCAGAUGCAGCAAUCUGUUAUAUUUAUGUUAUAUUAUUUCAACCAUUGCAAGCUGCACUGUGAAGGAAAAAUGACUUAAUGUAGCCUAGGAUGUGUAGACUAUGAGAUUAUUUUCAAAAAUCUACUAUGUUCAUUUUGGUUUGCUUUCCCCAAAACUCCUUAAUUUCCUUGUGCAGCACUCUGUAUAUUUUACAUAUCUCCUUACCUUUGUAUCAGUAUUAACAGAAGUAUAAAUUUCAAGU